CUAGGCUGCAUGAUGGCAGAUUGAAGAACGCGCUCAUGGAAAUAUCAAGCCGGUCCUCGGAUGCGUUCAAAUAACAUUUGUUGCAGAUAUCAUUUUAUCAUCCUGGUCUGUCGGACGCUCCGAUGUCUGUAGUGAAUGCUAAACAAACUAUCUCAAAUCCGGCAAUUCCGUUCAGUGGGAACAUAGUCGGAGGAUUACAUCCAGGGGAUAUUGUACUCAUCCAGGGAACCGUCCUCAGCGAUGCGGAGAAUUUCCAUUUGGACUUGGCUUGUGGGAGCAGCACCAAACCCCGUGCGGACGUGGCCUUCCACUUCAAGCCACGCUUCAUCCCUCCCCCGUGUAUUACCUGUAACUCUUUAGUGCAAGAAUGCUGGGGCAGCGAGGAGAAAAUGGACCGAAUGCCUUUCAAGCAAGGGUCUAUGUUCGAAGCUGUCAUAUUAGUGCACGAAGAUGUGUUCAAGGUAGCAGUCAAUGGCAAACACAUCCUGGAGUACAGACACAGACUCCCAGUGGAGACCAUCAACACCUUCUCGAUAUCCGGGAGGAUCUCUGUACGCACAAUUGCCUUCACAGCAAAUUCAGCGAUUUUCUCUGAAGCAGGCGACCUGAGUAUACCCUACAGGGGCAGUAUGCUGAAAGGCCUGAGUCCUGGACGACACAUCACUAUUACUGGCCAUGUCAGCUCAUAUCCACACAGUUUCACCAUCAACCUGAGAAUCCAGGGCUCGGAGAACAUCGCCUUGCACCUCAACGCCCGCAUCAAGUCGGGCAUGUUCGUCCGCAACUCCCUGCUGAGCCAGGGCUGGGGCCAUGAGGAGCUGGAGCUGACACGUUUCCCCUUCGCCCCGGGAAAAUACUUUGAGAUGAUCAUCCUGUGCCAGCCUCACCAGUUCAAGCUGGCGGUGAACGGGGACCACCUGCUGGAGUACCUCCACCGCGUGCAGGACCUGAGCAGCAUCGACCAGCUGGAGGUGAUGGGAGAUCUGGAGCUUCAGGAGGUGCGCCUCUGGUGAUGGUGGUGGUGAUAUUCAUGAAGGCACUGACAAACACACUGACAAACUACUCCUUAUCCAGAGGGCAAAAGCAGUCCAUGUUGAACCCUUUUAAGAUAACAAUACAC